AUGCUCGUCCCCGUGGUGAGGAGAUGCUUGUGGGCGUGUGCUUCCGUUGCUGCCUUCUCAUGCCUGCGCGCGGCGCGGUGCGCGAGGUCGCCUCCUGGCGAUCUUUAUUCUCCUUUCUGUGGCGAUCAAAUCUAUUCGAAGUGGACUGCCCCUCACUCGAGCUGCGGGCCAAUGUUGGUGCGUGCGGCAUGCGGCACUGCGCGCUCCGAGGACUCCAGGCGGCUGUGCCUUGCUCACCGCCUCCUGCUCUCCGCUUUGCGUGCUCUCCCUUGCUGUCUCUCUCCUGCCUCCAAGCUCUCCUCCGCCAUUGCGCUCCCUCUAUCCCCGACACCCCCUCCGCCUCCCCCACCGGCACCCCACUAUACCGCUUGCAGCUUCCUGUUAUCCCUUGCCGAGCAUAUUUUCUUUGCUACCUCAUUCUUAAACACCAAUUCCUUCAAUCCCCCUUUCACAAUGCCGAUCCAGAAGGUGUACGCCCGCGAGGUGCUCGACUCUCGCGGCAACCCGACCGUGGAGGUCGAGGUGACGACGGAGGUCGGCGUGUUCCGCUCCGCUGUGCCGUCCGGCGCGUCGACUGGCGUGCACGAGGCGUGCGAGCUGCGCGACGGCGACAAAACGGCCUACUGUGGCGCCGGGUGCACGAAGGCAGUGAGGAACGUGAACGAGAUCCUUGCGCCGGCGCUUCUGGGCAAGGAGGUGUCGGACCAGACCGGACUCGAUAAGCUGAUGUGCGAGCUGGACGGGACGAAGAACAAGAGCAAGCUCGGCGCGAACGCGAUUCUGGGCUGCUCGAUGGCGAUCAGCAAAGCCGCUGCGGCAGCGGCUGGCGUGCCGCUGUACCAGUACAUCGCGCGGCUCGCCGGGACGAAGCAGAUUUGCCUGCCUGUGCCGUGCUUCAAUGUGAUCAACGGUGGCAAGCACGCCGGCAAUGCGCUGCCAUUUCAGGAGUUCAUGAUUGCACCGACGAAGGCGAUGUCGUUCCGCGAGGCGCUGCGCAUGGGCUCGGAGGUGUACCACGCGCUCAAGCUGAUCAUCAAGAAGAAGUACGGCCAGGACGCUGUGAACGUUGGCGACGAGGGUGGCUUCGCGCCACCGAUCAAGCACAUCGACGAACCGCUGCCGAUCCUGAUGGAGGCGAUCGAGAAGGCCGGGCACAAGGGCAAGUUUGCAAUCUGCAUGGACUGCGCCGCGAGCGAGGCGUACGACGCGGACAAGAAGAUGUACAACCUGACAUUCAAGAACCCCGAGCCGACGUACGUGUCCGCGAAACAGCUGCAGGAGACCUACGAGCGCUGGGUCGCGGAGUACCCGCUGGUGUCCAUCGAGGACCCGUUCGCGGAGGACAACUUCGACGAGUUCGCGGCGAUCACGAAGGCUCUCACCGGGAAGGCGCAGAUCGUCGGUGAUGACCUGACGGUGACGAACGUGGAUCGCGUGAAGAUGGCGAUCGAGAAAUCUGCGUGCAACUCGCUGCUGCGAAGACAACCAAUCGGACGC